AUGGUCGACUCCCAGGCGUUCACGUUGCUGAGCGAGGUUUUGUACGAUGACCCAUCGCAACUCUCACAGGCGCUGCGGCAGCGUGCAGAGCAGCACGAAGGCCUGCAAUUCACCAAUUCCACCGAGUCUCACGGUUCGUUCGUCUCUGCGCCUGUUUCCUCUUUCACGGUUCCGCCACAUCGUUCCCUCGGCGCCCUCCCGCAGCUGCUGCUUCCCGCCGCGCCCAAACACACUCUACCACCACGACGCGUCGCCGCGCAUACCUUCGCGCCCCACCACAAUGUUAAGCCUGGCCUCGCGAAACACAACAGUGCGCCCAUAAGUUCAGCGCCAACGGACGCGGUCAUUGCACCCAAGAUGCGUCAUAGCUUUGCAGGCAUGGAUGCUCCCGGCGACACGCAGCCGGAUAGCCAAAUGCAUAGAGAAUGGACGAGUGCUAUCCUCGGCACAGCAAAUACCACCACAUGCAUGCCCAGUCCUCGGUCAGGGCCCAAGUCACUCUUUAUUGAGCGUGAGGACGACGACGGCGAUGUAGAGGCCCUCACCGACGACAUUGAAGUGAUUAUAUCCUCCCAGGUCGCUCAAGAUGCUGCAAUUACCAGCCCAACAGCCCUCGAAGACGACCGUGGCCCAAUCCUACAAAUCGAGGACGCAUUUACAAGUCCGUUGAAGUUCGAGACACCGGCGGUGGGGGGCAGGAAACGCAACAGCUCAGGGCGGGUGCUUAGUCCCGCUGCGGGAAUUGAGACUACGCCAGAUACUGCUGAAUCGGCGUCUGCGUUUAGUGGUGUGCUUGGCAGGUCAAUGAUAGGGCAACCACUGUCACUGACGCAGGCUUUUGACCUUACUCAAGCGCGCACGUCGCCCGCUGUAGCUGGCACGGAAGACCCUAUCUUCCAGCGGCCGUCUCCGAACUUCACCAAUGUUCGCCAUUCGAGUCCUAUCCCAGCGCUAUCGAGCCCUAUCAAGGUCAUGCGAAUCGAACGGUCCGACCCAACAAUACGGUCUUCGAGCGAGCCGCGGUCUGAGUAUGUCACAAUGAAGGAGUCGCAAGAGAGACGCAGGCAUUCGAAAGAGACACAAUAUCCGCCUAUCGUACAGGAGGACAGCUGGGAGGAGCUUUCAGCCGCCCAGAAGCGCCUGCAGCGUCAGAGGCAGAGGGAGCAGAAGCAUCGAGAAGCUGGACUGUCAUUGUCAAGCAUCUCAGCGCCGACAGCUGCUGAGGCAGAUCCCAGGCGGAAGUCUCGGGGAGUUUCUUCGAAAACCAGAGAUGAAACAUCACGGCAUCAGUGGCACGAUGACGUUCGAGAUGAUGAGGAUGUUGCGAUUAACGACACUUCGCAGCAUUUGGCGCCAGAAGGACACGGGACAGAGCCGUUGACAGAUGAGCUUUCUCAAGACGUCGCGAUUACUGUGCAGGCACCAAUGAGAUACAACGGGUUGGAGAAUGGGGUGCAGGUGCCAAAGACAUCUUCACAUCCACAGCGUACGCAGCCAGAUCGCACACCGGGUACUGUAUUGCAACAAGGCACGCCUUCGUCGCAGUUACAACGUGAGUCUCAGAUACAUGCACCAGCCUCACAGUCCAUACUUCGGACAGCACCAUAUAGCAGCAGAGGCUCUGCCGCUGUCAUGGACUCUCAGCCUGAUGUCACUGCAAACUUCGAAAGCUGGCCGCGACCCGACAUACGGUUCCCUUCUUCGCCGUCGAUCAACCAGUACAGCAUCAAUCAGACAACGGUUGCAUCCAAGACAGGAUACACAAGUCAGAUGAUAGAUUCGUCAAUGAUACAAAUGCCUCAAAGGAUGACUCAAGAAGUAGAAGAUGACCCUGUCGAGGAAGAGACACCUGAUGAAGAAGAACGAGUGCCCAGCAGUCCGCCGAUGCUGCCGACAGAAAUAGACGAUAUUGUAUAUGAUGAACACGGCCACGAUGAGCUCACGGAGGGUGACGAGGAUCACGAAGUCAACGAAACGGCAACUGGUUACGAAGAUGCGCAGAUGGAAGAAGAAGAGGAGCUGCCUGUCACAGAGCAGGAGACAGUUUGCAAUUGUAGACAAGGUACGGUACAACCUGCUGCAGAUGAUAUGGCAGCAGAUUGGGAAUCCGGGAUGAUUCAGCCCAUGAAAGUUAGUGGUAGGACUGACCAGGAGAUCCCCAAAACGCUUGAGUAUGACAAGCAGUAUCACGCCGCGCAGAAUGAAGCAGGAAAGCCUUCUAUAGACCUUAAAAAUGAGCCACCUGCGGGACCAAGGGAGCUGACGCCCAGUCUGCAGCGCCCGAAUACCAUCCCGGACACGGAUGCGCUGGAGGAGACACAGCCUUCUUGGUUUGCGGAGCAAGCUUCCGCGCCGCAGGAAAACGCUCUUCCGGCCGAGGCGGCUCCGCCUGAGACGGAAGUGACUAAGGACACGAACGGCAUGGAGCCCUAUUCGACUGCGCAAGAAAAGCAGACAGCCUCACAGUCUCAUGUGGCUGCUCCAGCCAGUUCGAGAGACGAGGGAAGUGAUCCAGUGCUCAGUGUGAGCCGCAUCCGGUCUCUCGGCGACAUUGCAAACCUUCCGAAUACCCAGCUCUCAGCAGCAGAAGAGGACAUAGAGCUUCCUUGUCUCAACAGCUUCAACGAUGCGGACGACGAUACACACAUGGGUAGUCCUGCACCCGCGACACCAGCAGCUAAAAGGCGCAGAACUGCACUCGCUGCUAAGAGCAGCGUCUUCCAAAGCCUCGUCAAGGAAGCUGCAAAUGCCGAGUCGAUACCAAAGCCGGUGUCACCAUCACCUCUGAAGUCAUUACGACAUACCCGCGAGGAGACGCCUCCAACUGCGUCAGUCCAGGAACGUGAAGAUCAAGGUGCACUUGCAGCAGCACAAGCCAGAGAAGAUGUUCAGACGGUAGCGUACGGCUGGCCGAGAACUCUUAAGUCCAAGGGGUCUUCACGACCUGCAAGGCCUCAGAACACCAAGAAUGGCUCUUUGAAGUCUGUUAGGGCUGUCAUUGCCGCCAUGUCUUCACCCAUCAACUCGCCUUCCAAACCAAAGGCAUCGGCAACUGCACAGGAGGCCACACCUGCAACACCUACUCGUAAAGCCACCAAACCUGUCGGACAAAAAGCAGAUGUCGAGAUGCGCGACGUUGGUGACAGCACGGAUGAGCUUGCCAGCUCGCCGCCACCCUCUGCAGCGCGCCUUCCCGUCCGCCUGACGCCAAGGAAAUCCGAGAUCCAAGCAGGGGAGGUGGUCGUGCCAAAUCGAGUGUUCGCAUCUUGGCCGGGCAGUCACUACUACCCAGCCACUUAUAUUGGGCGCUCAGACUCAAAGCAACUUCAGAUCCGCUUCGACGAUGGCAACACGACUUCCUCAGACGCCUUCCAAGUACGCUCGCUCGAUCUCAAACCUGGUGAUCAGGUUAAGGUCGAUGAGCCUGGCAUGAAAAAGCUCACGUACGUUGUUGUUGGUCUGACAGACAAGUGCGCGGACUUGCACAAUUACGAAUACCCCAUGACAGAUCGUUACGGACAUGUCUCUCUCAUCCUAGAGGAGAAGCAGCGCGACAGUGUUCCCACAGGCAAGGCUCUACCUCAGCCAAAGCAGGUCACUGUACACAUUGCGAGUGUCUACAUCACCGCCCAGCUAUGGAAACAAUUCCGUGAUCGCCACUUCCAACUUUCGCCGCCAUCCUCACCACGCAAAGCUGCCUCUGAACUGGGCACUCCAGUGGCUAUCGAAUCAUUCACUACACCUUCAUUCACGCGUAGAGGUCUAGCGGCACCAUCUUUGCUGAAGGAUGCAACGAAUCGUGCUGGUUCAGUUACCUCAUCAAAUCGAUCUGGCAGCGGUACGUUUUCGAACAUGGCUUUCGUCUUGACGUCGACCGGCGAUGGUAUGGACAAGGACGCUAUUGCACGAGCCAUCAAGACAAAUGGCGGUCACAUUCUGGAGAAAGGCUUCCACGAGCUUUUCGACACCGAGUCGAUCGGAAUAUCAGCUUCACAAAGCCGUCGGACGUCAGUGUCUGUUUCCGAAGGCGCAGGUAUACUGAAACUGAAGGAGGAUUGCAAGAAGCUUGGCUUUGUUGCCCUCAUCACUGAUUCGCACUCCCGCAGCACGAAGUACCUACAGGCUCUUGCUCUCAACGUGCCCUGCCUGCAUCUGCGCUGGGUCAGCGACUCGCUAUCGGUGGCUCAUGCGGUGAGCUUCGCGCGCUACCUACUGCCUGCUGGUCUCUCGAAGUACCUCGAUCCCAACGGCAUCGUGCGAUCACGGGCGAUGCGCAUCUACAAUCCUUCGAGCGACGACUUGUCAUUCGAGAAGACGUUCCAAGACCGCGAUCUGUUGCUCCAAGAUCAGUCCGUACUCCUCGUCACUGGCAAAUACAAGAAAGAGAUCGAGAAGCGUCAGCCUUUCGUCUUCCUCACACAUGCUCUCGGUGCAUCAAGCGUAGGACGCUGUGCGGACCUUGCGGCCGCAACCCGACUACUCGCACAAGGGCAGUGGGACUGGGUCUACGUCGACAGCGAUCACAGAAGUAUCGGCGAUGCUGCCGCUGAGCUAUUCGGCACGGGUGCUCCAGCCAAGAGUACGAAGGGCAGCUUCAAAAAGGGCAAGAAGAGAAAGAGGGAUGACGGCGAGGCCGAAGAGCUCGUUGCGAAGGGCGAGAUGGCUGGGCGGAGAGUGCGUGUUGCGAGCGCCGAAUUUGUCAUCCAGAGUCUGAUCCUGGGUGCGCUUGUUGACGAGUAA